AAUUAUUGUUUUGUUUUUUAAAAGAAGCCUACAGCAACCGUUGAGGCAAAACCAGUGAAUUUGCUUCAGAUCAACGCUGUAGAAUAUAUCUGGAGCAGGAGCCGAUUAAGGAGAUCAGCUUGUGGAGUUCUCUGUUGCUGUAUUCGUGGUCUUUGCUGUGAUUUGAAUUGUUGUUUGGAAUUUCGGUGUAAUCAUGGACUCUGAUUUCUGGAUGACGCGCCUCGCCGCUGCGAAGAGGCAGCUGAAUAUGCAGAGCGGGAAUCAUGUCGGCCACAGUGCGGCGAGCUCUCAAUUAGACGAAUUGGAUGUGGAGGACGAGAUCCGGUCCGAUUAUCCUUGUCCGUAUUGUUAUUCGGAGUUCGACAUAGGAUCGCUCUGCUCGCAUCUGGAGGAUGAUCACUCCUGCGAAUCGAAGCCUGCAGUUUGUCCGAUUUGCUCUGUUAAAAUCGCCCGGGAUAUGCUAAGUCACAUAAUGCUGCAGCACGGGCAUCUGCUGAAGUUGCACCGCCAUCGCCGGGUGCGAAAAGCUCCGAUCCCCACCAGUCAGGCGCUGUCCCUGCUGGGGAGAGAUUUGAGGGAUGCCCAUUUACAGGUGCUUCUGGGAGGAUCCAGGUCGAAUAAUUCAACUGCAACUACUGCCAUUACUGAUGGUUUUUUCUCGUCUCUCAUCUCGACGCUCUCUGCAUCCGAAACUGAUGACAUUUCAAAAUCUGUGAUGUCAAGUUUUGAUGAGAAUUCAUCGAAGAACGCUCCAUCCGACCAUAUAUGGACUUCAAGUUUACUAUCUUCGCUCACGCACGAAGAGCGCGAGCAGCGAAUAAAACAGGCGACUCGUAGAGCCAUAUUUGUCCAAGAUCUGCUUGCGUCGACUCUAUGGUUCGACUAGGGCUAUAAGAACCCCCAGGUGUUCUUCUAGUUUUCAAAUUUGUGAUGAAUUCCGUCGCAUUUCUUCAUCAAGGCUUUUUAUUAAUUGUCCCUGCUGCCACCGUGCCUAUUGGACGUAAAAAGAAACUGUAGGUAUGUCUGUGUAUUUGGAUUUUGGAUGAUACCAACAACAUGAACGAAACAAUGAAAAAUCCAUAUAUUGUGUUAAAGUUGCCAUUACAGAGAAACAACCCUUUAUUGUCACAAA